AUGUCAGCUUUGUUCGAUUUCAACAGCUUCGUGGUCGUCGUUUUGUUAACCAUCUGCACCUGUACAUAUGUCAAGCUGAUCUAUCCUGCCGCCCUUACAGUUAAGACGGGCUUUAAAGGUCUGUUUUGGAAGGCGGCACGUAUAGGUGAACGCUUGAGCCCUUGGGUCGGUGCAGCCUGUCUGGCCAUGGGCGUCGUAACUCUCUUCUCCUAA